UAAACGUCAACUAGAAACCUAACCUAACUUUUCGCGUAUAAACGAAGCGUCCCAUUAUAAAAUGGAAGAUCCACCUAAAAGGGGCCGUGGUAGAGGCCGUGGGGGCAGAGGAAGGGGUCGGGGGCGUGGAAGGGGUCGCGGCAGAGGCAAAAAAGCGAUAAAAGUGAUCGAAAGCGACGAAGAAAUUGAAACAACUCAGCCACAAGAACCCGUAGAGGAAAAUCAGAUGCAAGAUGCGGAACCCGACGAAAAUACCGUCCCUAAAAUUGAUUUGGAGGCGGAUAUAUCGCAGCUGGAAGCGCCUACUUUUACUACAAUUAAUAGGGGGCCCCCUGAGCCAAUGGUGAGGCUUGAUUGGUCACAUAAAGUUAAUUUGAUUGGUGAAAAAGUCUUGAACCCCUUGAUCCACUGUUGUGACAAGUGUUUGAAGCCUAUUUUGAUCUAUGGAAGAAUGAUACCCUGUAAACACGUUUUUUGCCUCGCAUGUGGUAAAAAAGAGCAAAAACAAUGCCCCAGAUGCUUGGAUAAAGUGUCCAGAGUUGAACAAACAGGCCUAGGCACUGUUUUUAUGUGUACACACGAAGGUACAAGAUAUGGUUCUACUGGCUGUCGAAGAACCUAUUUAUCACAGCGAGAUCUACAGGCUCACAUAAACCAUAGGCAUGUCUCAAGUUUGCAGCAGCCGAUGGAGAUUGUGGAACCAGAAAGGGGGGUCCAAGGCCAGGGUUAACGAUCCAAGAGCUAAUUUAGUAGCAGGUGGUGUUCGGCAGAGGCAGGGUGCCAUACAGACUGGGGGGGUCAGGACUAAUUUGAUAACUGUUCCAAUACAGGAUUCAGCGCCCCCUGUGCAUGAUCCCACACCUACUACACAUGCAUAUUAUAGCCAAUACCCUCAAGCAGCCAGCUACACGCAAUCCCUCCCCCCCAUGCACAUACCCCCUCCCCAACAGCCGCAAUACUACACCGCCCCUCCCGCCUACAGCCCCGCUCAGACCUACCCUGCGUAUACAGGCGCCGCGGCGCCCGCCCCUCCUCAAUACGCCUCUCCAGCCCCGGCGCCCUCGGCCCGGCCCACCGCACAAUACGACUAUACCGCCGCUCCACCUCAAUGGACGAACAACCAGCCGUACUACAGAUAGGAUUUGCUGGAACUAACCUUGUAUCUAAUGCGCAGGAUAUUCUUGAUUUAAGUUGUUUUAAAUUAUAGCUAAUUAUUGUAAAUUUAUUGAUAUGAAUUUAAAUAUAUAUAGUAUUUUAU